AUGGCGCUCGCUCCCGGCCUCCGGCUGCUGUUCCUGUGUGCCGCCGUGCUGGUGGUGGUGCACCAGCUGCCUGGGUGUGCCCGCGCCAGCGACCCCGACAUCCUGACCGACUUCGUGGUGCCACGGGACUUGCUGGCCGACCCGUCCCAGAUCAACGGCACCUUCUUCACCUACACCCGCCUCGUCAGCGGGAACGCCGGCGACCCGGCCAAGUUCACCGCGACCAAGGCCACCGCGGCCGAGUUCCCGGCGUUGCUGGGGCAGUCCGUCUCGUUCGCCACGCUCGUCUUCGGCGCCGGCACCGUCAACCCGCCGCACAUCCACCCCAGGGCGUCGGAGCUGCUGCUGGUGGUGCAGGGCGCUCUGUUCGUGGGCCUGGUCGACGCCGCCCGCAACGGCACGCUGCACACGGCGACGCUGCAGGCCGGCGACAUGUUCGUGUUCCCCAAGGGCAUGGUGCACUUCCAGUCCAACAACGGCACCGACGUGGCGCGCGCCUUCUCGGCCUUCGGCAGCGCCAGCCCCGGCACCAUCUCGCUCCCCACGGAGCUCUUCGAGACCGGCAUCGACGACGCCGUGCUGGAGAAGUCGUUCCACACCGACCAGGCCACCGUCGAUGCGCUCAAGCACGACCUGCAGCAGCCGCCGGCGCAGAACUCCGCCCCCGUCGCGCUCGUUGGAGCACGUCUGGCAGCGGUGAUGCUCUGCGUCGGCACCGCCUUCUCGCUCGUCUUGUGA